CUCAAUCGUCAUUUCAUUGAAUUUAUUUUGAUUAGCAAAAUGAUUACGUUUUGUGCAGCAGAGACAAUCAUGUAAAAGUUCUUCUAAUUUUCUAAAUAAUUACGUUUAUUAUGUGAUAAUAUUGCUGUAGGAAUACAUUCGUAUUUAGUCUGAAAGAAAGUGCAGUCAUUUUUUGAAAUUGUUCGAAAAAUAAUAAAUCUGUAAAUGACUUCCGAUGUCUCUGAAGGUUUGAAAAUACCCACCCGUCCGGCGCCUCCGCCUCCGAAGGUUGAUGGUACGAACGGCCAUCUCAAAAAAAGUACUACUUUUGCUUUGGCACCAAGUAAAGCUCAAAAUGAGAGAAAAAGCGACAAAUACAUUUAUCAGUCAGUACCACGUUCACGUUCUACAUCAGAUAUAUUUGGAGGAAGAAAAAAACCUCCUCCACCGCGACCACCUCCACCCAAAAUUCCUCCUAUGACAAAUGUUGCUAAUUCCCAACAGAAACCACAAAGCAUUAAAAUAAAGCUUCCAGGGUUUAAAUCCCGAAAAAAACAUCAUAGCUCGAAACCUCACGUUCACGUAUCUAGCUGGCGAGCGACACCAAACAAAUCGCAUCCUUUGGUCGGAUCAUUGAUCGAUUUACAGUCACCUGCACAAUCACCGGGUUUCAACAAUGAUUCAAGUAGCGACGAUUCCAGCGUCGAUAGUUUCGAUAGCGAUGAUCCUUCUUCAAAUGAAAAUCAAAACGAUUACAACAACGGGUGGAAUAGUUCUCAAGUUGAGAGCGGAUUCGAGGACGAUUUUGAUCGUUUAAGUACACCGAGUAGUUCUGAUCCGUGGUCAGAUAGCAGAUCCGAUCCGUUUUCACCACAGCGCAGAUCUGCGCCAUUACCAGCAAAUCAAUUUGAUAUUAGUAAUGAUGAUCCUAAAACUAGAAAAUUGGUAAAUUUCUCCUCCUCUUCUAAUUUCAAGCCGACGGUAAUACGACCGGCGAUUCCAAUCAAAAGUAGAAAACCACCUCCAUCCCCGAGCAACGAUUUCGCUAGCGGAUCUCCUCCAAUGCCUUCCAUCCCGCCACCUCCUCCUCCUCCUGAAGCGUUUGAUUUAUUAGCUAAUGGUCCACCAAUACCACCACGUCCAACGAAAUCUUUCAAAGCUCCGGACAAAUCACAAAUUCCCCAUUGUAUCGCGUUAUUCGAUUAUACCGGUGACCACGUCGAAGAUUUAUCAUUCAAAGAAAACGAUAAGAUAAUAUUAAAACGAUUUGUCAACGAAGAAUGGCUCGAAGGAGACAUUGAUGGAAAGAGUGGUAUUUUUCCAGUAUGUUUUGUCAAAGUAAUCAUUUCUCCGCCUAAAGAAGGCGAAAUCAGUUACGGCGGCGAUACCAAAAUGAUAACACUGUUCAAUUAUCAUGCUCAGUCGUGGGAUGAUUUGGACUUGAAAGAAGGUGAUUUAAUACGAGUAAUUGGAAAGGUCGAUGAGAAUUGGUUGUAUGGCGAAUGCAAUGGUAAGCAGGGCCAGUUCCCAGUAACAUAUGCCGCUGAAUAUUUGUUGGAUUAAUGAUGCAAAAGUGGAAUUACCUUUACCAAAAGUAGACCUAAUUUACCCUAGAUUUAAGACCCUCAGUGUGUACUAUUCAUCGAAAUUGUAUUUUAGCUAUUUUUUUUCACUCGUGUAUACGAAUCUUUUUUCAAUUUUGAUUUGUAAUAAUUUAUACGUUGACCUUUGAAAGUGAACAACUAUACGUUUUAACAUAUCAUAUCUACGGGUCGUAUUCAGCAGUGUAUUUCACCGUUGAAAUCGCUGUGUUUUACUUUGAUCCUGCAGAUUUACUCAGAGUGAAAGUUUCCGCACCCACGGUGAUAAUUAAGUUUAAUUUUUACACAUUUAGCCAUUUAAAGCGUGUAUUCAAUAUGCGCGACAAUGUGUGAUGUAUUUUUUAAUCUUUCAUUAUACAUUUUCUAUAUUUUUAUCUUUUUUCUAAAUAUCGAACUAUCUGCAUAAAAGCCGCCGUAAUCUCAUUACGAGCAGCUUACGUUUACGUAUUUUACAGGGUUUGAUCAACUUGUGAUAUUGAUUUAUUUAUUAUCAAGUUCUACCUUUUAAAUUUGUAUUUUUAUUCUUCAUUCAUGUACUAUUUCUUUACAAAAUAAAUUAUUUUUCACAUCA